AUGCUCCACUGGCUGAGCCCCCAAAUUGUACUGGCUGCGCUCUUGGCAUUCACUCGCGAUGCACCUUCAUCCAGCUCGUCAGCCACGACGGCCCGACCGAAAAGCGCGGAAUACUCGUCCCAUUUUGAUAUAACUAGCAGCUGGGCAAACCUCAGUCCCUACAAAGAAGCUGAUGGAUUUGGUGCCCCAAAGGGCGUUCCGCGUGGUUGCGAACUAUCGCAAGUUCAUGUUUUGCAUAGACAUGCAGAGCGCUAUCCCGAAUCGUCCUGGUUUGAUGGAGAGGGGAUGGAGACAUUUAGCAAGAAGCUGAAGAGGUAUAAGAGCGACCACAAUGUCUCGGUCGGCACAGGACCUUUGACCUUUCUGAAAAAUUGGAAGUAUCUGCUCGGUCGCGAUAUCUUGCUUGCCACGGGUACGGCCACAGAGGCUAGUUCCGGGGCAGAUAUAUGGUCAAAGUAUGGACGCAUGGUGUAUCGAGCGCCACCUGGAAUGGCAGUUUGGGAUCCAGAGUUGAAUGUGUAUCCAAAUGGAACUCGCAGAGCGAAGCCGACUUUCAGGACGACGGACAAGCAGAGAGUCCUACAGAGUGCGAAGUGGUGGUUAGCUGGUUUCUUCGGGCCCUACCAUGCCAAUUCCUCGUACAAUCUCGUGGUAAUCCCCGAGGGCAACGGUCUGAACAAUACACUCGCGGCCGAGCAUUCCUGCCCAGGUGAUCUGAAAGAAGGAACCCAUGCUUCAGAGAGAUUCAUCCCUAGAAUGGUUAAAGAUCCUCUCGGUAGGCUAUCGAAGUAUUUUCCGGAGGACUUCAAUUUGACAACCUCCGAUGUGCUCGCAAUGAUGAACCUUUGCCCAUAUGAAUAUGCAACUUUGGGUAGCUCAUCAUUCUGUGGUCUCUUUACCGAACAAGAAUGGCUCGACUUCGCCUAUAACCUCGAUAUACAACUUUAUGGCGCCUCUGCGUUUGGUUCCCCUAUGGGAAGAGCGCAAGGUAUCGGAUAUCUUCUCGAGCUUGCUGCCAGACUCGAGAGAAAAUUAAUCGAUUCAAGCGAUACCAGUAUCAACACUACCUAUGAUAAUCACUCCGCUACCUUUCCGGUCAACCAGCCCCUGUACAUGGACAUGACUCAUGACAAAGUCAUUAUCGGAACCAUUACUGCUUUGGGACUCCAGUAUUUUAAUUAUGGACCCAAAGGUAUGCCUUCAAAGGUAGCUCAUGCCGUCCCUCGGAGCUUUCAGUUAAACAAGAUGGCCCCUUUUGGAGCACGCCUAAUCUCCGAAGUUUGGACCUGUCCUGAGGAAACGAGCCCCGACAAGUUAGAUAAUACUCUUUAUGUCAACCCAGACCUGUCUGACACCGAAAGCACGACAGACUAUAUCCGCUUCGUGUUGAAUGGUAGCUUAAGAAUAUGA